AUGUUGUCUCUUUAUGAGAUGCUUGAUUCUGGUGGGGGAAUACCCGAUGCUGAUGACUCGCGACCGACUAGCGUUUCGAAGAGGAGCAAGAAGGCCUGUACCCAGUGUCGCCAGCAGAAGGCGCGCUGCGACGCGUACCAAAAGCAGCCUUGUUCGCGCUGUGAGAAGCUAGGAAUCGAGUGUGUGAAGUACGAGAGGUUGGAGAAGGAAACUGAUGAGUUGAGAAAGCAGCUCAACGCCCACACAGCCAGCCUACACCAGAUCCGCGAAUCCGCUACUACAAUGAUGCCCAGGCCCAAUCCCGCGGACAACGUCAAGCGCAAUAAAGCAACCGGUGUCUGCAUUGAUGCGAACGAUGCGGAGAUUAGUUGCUCUAACGGAGCUGAGAGUCUGCAGCUGCUGUUUCAAGACAUCGCUUCCGACGGGCUACCUCACCUCACUGCCGCUACGUCUGAGAGUCCUAGCUCUAACGGGUCGAAGCUUCCAGAGAUGGUGCCGGGAUCCAUCUACAAGAACACAGCCAGUGGGCAGACACGUCUCCAGCCAUUGCAGCCGCCCGUCGGCAUGGGACCCGUCGUGUCGAAGAAGAAGAACCUUGCCAUGGCUGGAGUUGACCCGGAUCGCACGCUACCGCGCACCCUAGGCGGCGUCACUCUGAGUGGCGAUGAGAUAGACGAGAUAUUUAAUAUUUUCUAUCGCCAAUAUGUUGUGUUCAUGCCAUGCCUUGACACCGAAAGCUCCCCUAACCUCACCUAUGAACAGUCAGACUUCCUCUUCUGGACUAUAAUCGGCACUGCCUCUAGGACAUGCGCCAAGAAUCCGACAAUCUUUCCAGCCCUUGCCAAGCAUAUAAUCAGCAUGGCAUUUCUCUCGCCGCUGUCGGAGAGUGGAGCCUGGAACAUCGUGCAGGGGUUGCUCCUGGUACUGAACUGGCCAUUCCCCAAGGCCGACGGUGGAGUCGACAUCAUCUUCCCACUAACUGGUCUACUCCUGCACGUGGCGAUGAUGUACGGUAUGCACAACCCAGUCUCUAGCCACGAAUUUUUCAAGACCAAGCAGCCCAUGCCCCAGGUGGCGGACAUAAGUCGUCGUUCAGAGCUAUGGGCUUACACCGUCAUCACUUACCAACGUGCGUGCUUGAUGAAAGGGCAGCCUCCUCGUACUCUACCUGACAUGGCGCACGACGUCAACCAACGCAAGACGCUAUACCAGAACAUGUCGCCCCAUGUCCGGACCCGCAUGAAAGCACAGGAGAUUGUCACUCAGUGUGGCGCGGCGGUGAAUGAAUACGGGGUUCUUACCCUGAGUGCGGCGGACGAAGGAGGAUUGGACUUGCUUCUGAAAGCAUAUGAGCAGCGUGUCAAUGAUCUACAUAUCGAUGCGACAACUUGGAUGGCCCGAUUUGACAUUCUUGUUGCUUGCCUCAGCAUCCAAGGAAUGCACUUUCUAAAGAAUCAUACCCUCUACGCGGAUAAUCGCCUCCGGAAGCUAGAAGCCGCGGCAUGUGCGGUAAUCGAUGCGGUUGCAGACAUGGCUCGCGAACUGCAAUCUCUUGCCGUCUGCCCAUCACAGGGUUGGUUCGGGCUCCUCCUUGCAGGAUCUAUACUAUUGCGCAUAAUCAAAGGACAUGAUACAGACAUUGUCGACUUUGCUAAAGCUCGAAAUUACUUUAUGAAGUCUCUCAACCUUGCCAAGCUCAUGAUUGUCGACAACGCCGACAUGCCAACAAAGGUUGUCACUGUAUUGAGUCACCUGUAUAACAGCACCAAGGCCUUUCGCAAGGCUGAUGGUAGCGUCAUGAUCAACCUGCGAAUCCGCAGCCGCCUGGCUUUGUGCCCCAUCAUUGAUGCCAUGUGGUGGUUCAAGGAUGAGUUUGAACCACCAUUACCAACCACGGAGGAGAACACCGAGAAACCGCCUACUGGCCCCGAGGGUUCUGCCAACCACCUCUACGACGAUGGCUUUUGGACGGACCUGGAGUGGGCCCUCAAUAUCCCCGAAUGA